GAUGUACGGGGCUGGCACCGUUUCUCGGUGCGUGGCCCAGGGUUGACAUCGAAACUACGGCGAUUCCGGCCGGGCCUUUCGUCUAUUCUGGGUUUUAGACGCCGGAGCUCUUGCUCCCUUGUUGGUUUGCCCGUACUUCGUAAUAUCUUGCGGAUUUGUCUGCCCCAUGGUCGCCUGUCUCAGUUCUCCGCUGCCUUGUGCAACCCUCCUAUCUCUCGACAAGGGCUUUUCUCUUCUUCACUUGGAGUUGGUUUUCCUGCGUUAGAUCAAGAGCUAAUUAGUGCUCUUCGUUUGUUUCUAGCGGUACUCGCACAUCUUCUUCCGUUCCAAGGCGUCUCGUUUGUUGCCUUGGUCCACAAACACCGUUAUAGACUCGUUAGUCGCUACCAACUCAGCACCAGCAUCGUCACCAAAACUCCCGCCUUCAAAAAUGGAGUGGCUUGGACGAGCCAAAAUCAACUUCACUCACGCGCCAUCGCCACGGCCCGUUCGCCAAAGGGAUGGGACAGAGACAGACCUCCUCAAGAUUUGCGAAUCGACGACGCCGCCAUGCCAUCUCAACCCCCUACUCUUCAACGGCCACCUGCAGACCAUGUGGACGGCGACCAAACCCCAUGGUCCGCAGGUCUACUACCGCCGGAAAGUCUUCGAGGCCGACCACAAGACCUACAAGGGCACCUUUGCCGUCGACUUCGCCGUCGAGCCGUUCGAGGAGACGGACGACACGCUACCGCGGAGGACCGCCUACUUCACCGACCAGCAGUUCGAGAGCCUGCCAUCGGAUGACAGCAAGCCCAUGCUCGUAAUCCUGCAUGGGCUUUCCGGCGGCUCUCACGAGGUCUACUUGCGGCAUGUCAUCGCUCCCCUGAUAGGUCAAGGCGGUUGGGAGGUUUGCGUCGUCAACUCGCGCGGCUGCGCCCGAAGCAAGAUUUCCAGCGGCGUGCUUUACAACGCCCGUGCUACCUGGGACGUGCGCCAGACGAUAAACUGGCUACACGGCAAGUUUCCUAAUCGCCCCUUAUUUGGCAUGGGUUUUUCCCUUGGUGCCAACAUGCUCACCAAUUACUGUGGCGAGGAGGGUGCCAACUGCCUGCUAAAGGCGGCAGUCGUUGUUUCAAACCCGUUCAACUUGGAAGUCUCCAGCAAGUUGCUGCAAAACAACUUCAUCGGCAGGGAAAUUUACCUUCGUGUCAUGGGUGGCGCCAUGAAGCAGCUCAUUGCUACACACAAGGAAUCGAUUGAAGAAUUUACCAACUUGAACCUGGCGGCUGUGGAGAAGGUCACCUAUCUUCACGAAUUUGAUCGCGAAGUCCAAUGCCCAACUUGGGGGUAUCCCACCGAGUAUGCUUACUAUCGGGACGCUUCCUCAACAGACGCAGUCCUUGGUAUCCGCAUCCCGUUCAUCGCAAUCAACGCCACCGACGAUCCGAUUGCGGUCAACGAAGCACUUCCGUAUGAAGAGUUCCGUCAGAACCCCAGCACCAUCCUCAUUACAACCUCGCUAGGCGGCCAUCUCUGCUGGUUCGAGAACGGCGGCACCAGGUGGCAUCCUCGCCCUAUUGGCAACUUCCUUAACCACAUGGCAUUCAACGUAGAUUUUGACAGCAUCAAGCCUCUCCAGGACCCACGAACAACGGACAAGACAUCUCGGGGUGCCGACUAUGACCCGAUGCGCCGCAAGUUGGCCAUCGUGGAGGGUUAGACCAGAUACCAUGAGGCGGUGGCGCACAACCGCAGACUUGUUAGUAGAAUGGACAUGGUACAGCAAGUCCACUGAGGACGAGCUGCUAAAGAGCCGGUACAUAGCGCCACAUCCAUAAUUCAUGCCCAAAUGUGCGUGCGUCAUGGAGACUCUGACUUGUUCUGAAGAUUUCUACAGCUGGUCUCGUAGAUUUGAUCCCUCAAGGACAACCCUCCACCCAUGGUAUGCUUUUUAACUCCGAGCGCCAUAC